ACAUCGACUCAGUAAACAACUUUUUUUUUAAUUUCCCUCAAUUCCCUUUAAUUUCCAAAGAUGCGGGCCAUCCCGAAAUGGGUCGAAAAGAUCCACGAACAAAACGAACAACCGCCUAUCCACGCAGUUUGCUUUCAUCCUGAAGCGGCGCAAUUAAUUGUAGCUGCGGGCGACAAAAUUCUCGUUUACGACCCGUUAGAUGGGCGCUUAAUUGAGUCUCUCAAAGCACACAAGGACAUUGUUUAUUGCGUAAAUUACGCGAAAGAUGGAAAAAAAUUCGCAUCCGGAAGCGCCGACAAAACCGUGAUAAUUUGGACCAACAAACUCGAUGGCUUGUUAAAAUACUCUCACAGCGAUCCCAUUCAAUGUGUGGCUUUUAAUCCCGUAUCGCAUCAACUCGCCUCCGCAUCGUUGUCUGACUUUGCAAUUUGGUCCAGCGAGCAAAAAGCUGUGCAAAAACACAAAAUCGGUGUUCGAGUAAAUGCUUGUGCCUGGACCAACGAUGGUCAAUACAUCGCUUUAGGGCUCGCAAAUGGCGUCGUUUCCAUCCGUAACAAAGCUGGGGAGGAAAAAAGUAAAAUAGAACGCCCGGGGGGAGCAAACAGCCCCAUUUACGCAUUGGCAUGGAAUCCCCCGAUCUCAGGAAAUGCCAAUGCGGAUCUUUUGUGCGUUUGCGAUUGGGGUCAAACCCUGAGUUUUUACAGCAUCGGCGGGCAACUCGUAGGCAAGGAACGUGCUCUCGGCUUUGAUCCAUUAUGCGCAACUUUUUUUCCGGAUGGCGAAUUUUUAGCUGUUGCUGGCUGCAAUAAAUCCGUUCAACUUUUCACGCGCGAAGGAGUGAAGCUGGGAACGCUCGGGGAACAACACGACGCCUGGAUAUGGAAUGUAGCGAUUCAUCCGUAUGGAAAUGCUCUCGUUGUCGCAUGUCAAGAUGGGUCUUUGGCAUUUUAUAAUUUGGCAUUUAGCACCGUGCAUGCCUUAUAUCGUGAGAGAUACGCCUUUCGGGAGAAUAUGUGCGAUAUAAUUAUUCAACAUUUGGUUUCGGGACAAAAAGUUCGGAUAAAAUGUCGCGAUUUGGUGCAUAAAAUCGCAAUUUAUCGCAAUAGAUUGGCUGUUCAACUGCCUGAACGUGUCGUUUUGUACGAAUUGAACUCGGCGGAGAACCAACCGAUGCAUUAUCGGGUCAAAGAAAAAAUCUCGAAGAAGUUUGAUUGCAGUUUACUCGUCGUAACAUCGCAACAUUUGGUGCUGUGUCAAGAAAAAAAGCUCCAAAGCAUGGAUUUUACGGGAGUUUUACAACGAGAAUGGACUUUGGACAGUUUUAUUCGCUACAUUAAGGUAACAGGAGGUCCUUCUGGGCGUGAAGGAUUGUUACUUGGCUUAAAAAAUGGUCAAGUUUGGCGAAUUUUUCUUGAUAAUCCGUUACCAAUAUUAGUUACGACCGUUUUAUCAUCCGUACGAUGCUUGGAUCUGAACUCAACGCGUAACAAACUCGCAAUUGUCGAUGAUGCGGGUCGAUUAAUUGUCCGGGAUUUGCUCACAGAUACUCUUUUGUACCAAGAUACAAGUGUAAAUAGCGUCGCAUGGAACACCCAUCUCGAAUCCAUGAUUUGUUAUUCUCACACAACGGGCGGAUUACGUGUUCGAGUAGGUUCUUUGCCUCCGCGCGGGCCUCAAUCCAUGAUGGGAGUCGUUGUUGGAUUAUGCGGCGCCACAGCUUUUUGUCUCCGAGGCAAUGUAAUGAGCAAUGUGCCUUUAGCCCUUGGAGCGACAAUGUGGCAAUUCGUCGAAGCCCAAAUGUUUGAAGAUGCCUAUCAAAUUGCAUGUCUCGGCGUUCCCAUGUCCGAUUGGAAGGGACUUGCUCAAGCAGCUUUGGAUGCCUUAAAUUUCCAAGUUGCUCGUGAUGCUUACGUUAAAAUCCGAAGUUUGCCCUGGUUGGAGCUCAUUCAACAGCUACGGGACAAACAAAAGCGCGGAGAUACCCCGAAAGAGGUCCUCCAAGGCGAUAUUUUAGCGUUUGAGGGAAAAUUCAAGGAAGCAGCACGGAUGUAUCAGAAAGCGGGGCAUUCGGAAAAGGCACUUGGCAUGUACAGUGACAUGCGGAUGUUUGAUUUGGCGCAGGAAUAUCUCAAAGAUGGCGAUUCUGCGGAUAAAAUUGAACUUGUGCGACGUCGUGCGGAAUGGGCAUGUUCUGUACAAGAGCCUCGUGCGGCGGCGGAAUUACUUUUAGCGGCGGGAGAGUCACGAAGAGCUGUUGAAAUCGUCGCUGAACAAGGAUGGACUGAUGUUUUGUUGGAUAUCGGACGAAGAUUGACGAUGACAGAACGAGAUUCCAUCGAAUUAGUCGCAUCUCACUUGAAAAGACUCAAAGCGUUGCCGUUAGCAGCUGAAAUUUAUCGAAAAUUAGGCGAAGAAGAGCAAGUUGUACAACUUCAUAUUGAAGCGAAAGAUUGGAAUGAAGCAUUUCGCUUGACAGAAAACUUACCGCAACUCCGACAAAAAGUUUAUCUCAAACAUGCGGAAUUUUUGGCGGAAACUGAUCAAUUUAUCGCUGCCCAUGAAGCUUACGUUCUCGCGGGAAAACCUCGACAAGCUGCGAAAUUGCUCAAAGAUCUCGUCGAAUGCGCCGUUUCAGAGGAGAGAUUUCAAGAUGCCGCUUUUUAUACGUGGCUUCAUGCGAAACAAGCCUUGCAACUUGCCGAUAAAGAGUUAAUUGAGGAGAAUAGUGAUGCGGUUGUCAAACAAUUUAAGAGUUUGCUUAAGUUAGCGUCCAUUUACUAUGCGUACAGUACAAUUCAUUCCUAUUUGAGAGAACCGUUCACGUCGAGUCCCCCCUUGACACUGUUCAAUACGAGCAGAUUUGUCGCAAAUCAAAUAGAAAAUGGAGUUCCGCCCAAAGGAGUCAGUAUGUUUGCCGUUUUGUACACACUUUCGAAGCAGGCGAAGGUAUUGGGAGCGAAUAAGCUUCAUUUGCAGGUCAAUAAUCGAUUGCAGAGUUUGAAAGCGCCGCCGGGGAUUCAGGAACAAGUUGAUAUCAAUUACAUGACAUCACGUGCAAGCACAGGCGGAUUCAACGACCCCGAAGAACUUUUACCGAUGUGUUACAAAUGCUCAAACUACUCACCGCACUUGCAAGGAAGUCGUUGCCCGAAUUGUCGCCAAGAAUUCAUCUUCUCGUACGUUUCUUUUGAGAUUUUACCUCUUGCUGAGUUCAUUCCCGAACAAAAUAUCUCGGAUCAGGAAGCUGAAAGACUACUCAUGGCCCCGCCGAAGACUUUUUCAGAGCAUCAUGACACUUUUGGGGAUACAAUGGUCAAUGAGGAUUUGGGAGAUUUGCCCACAGUUGUCGACAAAGACAUGCUCCGUUCAUUAGAUCCCCGCUCUGUGUUGAUCGUAAAAUGGCCUCCGCCGUUGAAAACCAAAUACUACAGAAAUCUCUUACCUGAAUUGCAGAUCACAGUUUGCCCGGAAUGUCGAAUGGCGUUCCAUACGGAGGAUUUUGAGCUACAAGUUUUGCAAAAAGGGCAUUGUCCGUUUUGUCGCACAAGCAGCGACACGUUACUCAUCUAAAGUGUCUUUUAUUUCACUUGAAUUACCGAUCUCAGUUGUCAUUUAGUAUUAAAUUUUUGAUAAGCACGCACCUUAGGAGGUAGAAAAAUUAGAGUUAAGCACAAAAAAUCAACAACACGAAACACAUUCCGUCCAAUAAAUGU